GUCCCAAAAUGAGAAUUUGCAGUUUAAAUUUUAAACUUGACAACACUGGGUGGUUGUCAAGUUGACAACAAGUGACAAUAGAAAUUUUAAUCGACCAGAUUUAUUUGUGUGUUAAACUGUGAGCAUAUUUACUUCUCCAAAAUGGCUACGAUUAUGCGAAGGGCUGCGAUAUCAUACCUGAAGGCCAACGCGCGUUCCUCUACCCACGCUGCUACCGCUGGUGGACAUGGAGGUGGCUGGAAGCUGUGGAGGAAGAUGUCAUUCUUUGUUGCAUUCCCUGCCAUCAGUUUGGGUAUGCUGAAUGCUUACCUGGGCCACCAAGAGCAUUCCCAUGAGCGUCCCGAGUUUGUUCCCUACGAAUACUUGUGCAUCCGCACCAAGCGCUUCCCUUGGGGUGAUGGCAGAAAGUCCCUCUUCCACAACCCCCAUGUCAACCCUCUCCCAGGAGGCUAUGAAGAUUCGCAUUAACGGAUUAUUGCUUUAGGAAUAGAUGGAGGAGGAUGGUAGAAAACAAAAGUAACUGUGUAUUGAGCUAAGUAAUAAAAUAUUGCAAAAAGACA